ACUGCAGGCAGCAUUGAUCUUCCCAAUCGCGGCGGCGGCACCGUCUUCACUCUAAAGAACAAUUGCUCUGACACCGUCUGGGCCGGAACAUUGGCCGGCAAUGGACCCCAGCUCGGCGGUGGCGGAUUUGAAUUGACCAAAGGCGCUUCCAAAAAGCUCUUGGCUCCUGCGGGAUGGUCAGGUCGGUUCUGGGCUCGUACGGGAUGCAAUUUUGACGCCUCCGGAAAGGGUAGAUGCGUCACCGGAGACUGCGGCGGUCUAAAAUGUAACGGCACUGGAGUUCCUCCAGUCACUCUUGCUGAAUUCACCAUCGUUGGCCAUGGCGGCAAUGAUUUCUACGACGUGAGCCUCGUCGACGGUUACAAUGUCAAGGUGGGGAUAAGACCUUCCGGAGGAUCUGGAGAUUGUAAGUACGCAGGCUGCAUCGCCGACCUCAACGCGAACUGCCCUAACGAGCUUCAGGUCGUGGAUCCUCAGAACAAUAUCGUGGCGUGCAAGAGCCCCUGUGAUGUGUUGAACACGGAUCAAUAUUGUUGCCGUGGAGCUUACUCCAUGCCGCAGACUUGUUUUCCGACGAAUUACUCGAUGACUUUUAAGAAAGCUUGCCCUGACGCCUAUAGCUACGCUUACGAUGACGAAACGAGCACCUUCACUUGUAGCGAAGCUAACUACGAAAUCACUUUCUGCCCAUAAAAACCGAAUUUUUGGUGUAGAUUAGGCUUUAGCUUUUAUUAAAGUAUUCAGUUGUUAACUCAGGUGAUUUGCAUACAAAAAUAAAACAUGAAUAACCUGUUUGGGCUGGCGUUUUUAUUGCCACUUCUUUGAUUAGAAAAAAAUUGGGUUUUUCAUUUGUACUAGGUCUUUAACCCGCACGUACCCAGGGGUUUAUGUUUAUUGAUUGGUUUAAUACAAUGUUUGAAUAUCUAUACAAUAUUACAAUGUAUUCUUUAAAAAUUAUA